AUGGGUAACAAAUAAUGUUAGGAAUCUUUAUCAAAGUCAAAGUCAGAUAUCAGACCUUUAGAUGUUAAGAAAUGUAUAAGUAUUAAAAGAGAUCCUCUAACUGGAAAAUUAAUUGGGGUUCCAAAGGAAUGGGCAUCUCAUCUUGAUGCUGAUCAAUAAUAAGUUGUUGAGACAAAUAAAUUACCUGAAGAAGUGAGAACUCAUAGAUUACCAGAUUGUAUUCUAGAUAUAAAGAAUUCUAUAGAAAACUAAAAGAAUUUGAAACAAUAAUUGAAAAUUGACACAGAUGCAAAUUUAUGUUUGAUCGGUCUUAAUGUAGAAAUAGAAAAAGAAAUAUAUAAUAGUGGUGUAAGUAGAAAUGAAAUUGUAAAAGACACAGUAAACUUUAUCUCAAUACUUGAAAUAUAUGAUGGAAAAGAAUUAUCAUCAAAAUAAACCUCUAAUGAGGUCAUGACGUAAACAGAUUUUUUGAUUGAAAAUCCUGCUCAAAAAUAUAUAUUUAAUGAAUAGAUAGAAAAAGGGGUAAAUUGUAAGCUUUAUAAAAUUAUUGAUAGACGACUAAAUCAUGUUUUGGUUGCUAAAGUAUUUAAAUUUUAUGAUAAUUUUAAUUGCUAUCGAUUAAAAAAAGAAAUAUCAUUAGUUCAACAAUUAGAAUGUCCAAAUAUUGUGAAGUACCAUGAAACAUAUCUCCAUAGUGGAUGCUUGUAAAAUAUACUUAUAAUAUUAGUUUUAUAAUAUAAGAAUAUAUGAAUUUUGGAAAUCUUAGAAAAUUAAUUAAACUCUUUGAUAAAAAAAUAGAUGAAUCAAUAAUUGGAUAUAUACUUUAUCAAAUAUUGUUAGGAUUAAAAUAUUUACAUUUUAAAGGUAAGAUCCACAAACAUUUAAGUUCUAAGAAAGUAUUGAUAAAUCAAAAAGGAGAUGUUAAAUUAUUGAUUAUGGAUUACAAGAAUUAAUUCAAAAAAAAUAAAGAUCCUUAUUGGAUUGCUCCAGAAAUAAUAGAAUAAUAAAUAAUAGAAGAAGCUUCUGAUAUUUGGUGUUUAGGAAUCAUAGCAUAUGAAUUAUCAGAACGAGAUCCUCCAUAUUUUGAUGAACAUCCUAUAAGAGUUAUGUAUAAUAUUGUAAAUUAACCUGCUCCUAAGAUUAGUAAACAAAGAAGUACUUUAUUUUAAGAUUUCACUCAAAAAUGUUUGAUUAAAGUAAUUUAUUCAUAUAAUUUUAGAAUUAUGAAAAUAGAACCACAUUAAGAGAAUUGUUAAAACAUGAUUUUAUAAUUUAAAAUAGAGAAAAUGGUAAAUAAGGAUUAAUAGAAUUAUGUAAGAGAAUGGAUACAGAUUAGAAAUCCAAACUUAAAAAAAGCUCUAGUUUAAAAUGA